ACGUUUUUGCAGACACGCGCACUGAUAGCCGGAAGCACCGAUGGGAGGAAAAUAAAAAAUCGAUGAAAUCCAACUGUAAAUUCAGCGAGUCUAUACCUCUCACUUAGUCGCCUUUUUAACGCGACCGUUGGCCCGUAUAUUCACCAGCCUCUUCCACCACUGCUGACCACUGAGCCUCGGAGGGUUGACGGUGGAGAGAGCAGAGGAGGAGCUGGGACGGAGAAGUUGUUGCUCGGUAGGAGGUUUAGCUGACGUGUGGAGAAGUUGAGACUGCCACAGAGAGGAGGCAGAUAAACAAACAUAAACAAGCAGGGAUCAGCUGGAGAGAACCGAACCGAGCAGCAAGCAGAGAGGAGGAGGAGAAGAGAUGUCAAAGAGAAGCCAGUUUCCUCUGUCGAGCUCAAGAAUGAUCCACAAGGAGACCGUGACUUCUUUACACUGAUACUACUAGCUCUCCAUGUCAACUGUCAACACUGGCAACACAAAGAAUUUCGGAAACACAACACGAGGACGAGCCAUAGCUCUUUAGCAGUAACAUCCACUGCUCACUGUCAAGACACAAGCCAGGCUAGCAUGGACAACCAAUGAGUUUACCUUCCUGUUUUCAGCCGAUAACAACACACAGUACAAGUGCAAAGGAGACACAGAGAAGUGGUGGAUCAACAUGGCCCACCAGGCAACCCCUAGUUCCCAGAAGGCCCUGAUGAUGGAGCUGAAAUCUCUGCAGGAGCAGCCGGUGGAGGGCUUCCGCAUCACUCUGGUGGAGGAGUCUGACCUUUACAACUGGGAAGUGGCCAUCUUCGGGCCCCCGAACACCCUGUAUGAGGGAGGCUACUUCAAGGCUCACAUCAAGUUCCCGGUUGACUACCCGUACUCCCCGCCAACCUUCCGCUUCCUCACCAAGAUGUGGCACCCCAACAUCUACGAGAACGGAGACGUGUGCAUCUCCAUCCUGCACCCUCCUGUCGAUGACCCUCAGAGCGGCGAGCUGCCCUCUGAGAGGUGGAACCCCACUCAGAACGUCAGGACUAUCCUACUUAGUGUGAUCUCUCUGCUCAAUGAGCCCAACACCUUCUCCCCGGCUAAUGUGGAUGCGUCUGUCAUGUUUCGCAAAUGGAGGGACAGCAAAGGCAAGGACAAGGAGUAUGCGGAGAUUAUCAGGAAGCAGGUGAUGUCAACAGCGGCGGAGGCCGAGCGCGACGGCGUCAAGGUGCCGACCACGUUGGCGGAGUACUGCGUCCAGACCAGGGUUCCCUCCCAGGACAGCAGUUCAGACCUCCUCUACGACGACCUCUACGACGACGACAUGGAGGAGGAGGACGAGGAGGAGGACGAGAGCGAGAUGGAGUCCGUCGGCGAAGCCGGGGGGAUGAGCCCCACGGAGGACGGCGGGACGUCCACCAGACGUUACGACAACCAGGACGACUCUGGCAACGAAGACUCAUGAUGAUCUGGAUGAGAACUCCCCCGCCGCCACCCCCCCAAACCCACCCCCACCCUUCUUCUUUUAUGUGUUUCGUUACGAUUUUCAGUGUGUGUGCGUGUGUGUGCGUGUGUGCGUGUUUGUUUGCACAUACAGUGGGGUCAAAAGUCAACUGCCAAACACAAUUCAUCAUUUAUUAAACUAAUAGAAACGAUCGGUCAAAUAAGAGUUAAAUGCUACUACAUAUGUUUUCAGAAAAAGAUUUGUUGGUGCAGUUUUCACUGAAAGUCAGAAUUAGGUGUUUCCACCGUUUGCCUUAAUUACAGCUUCUUGCACUCCGUCUGGCAUCAGAUGUUUUUGCAGAGUUUGAAAUUAUUCCAGCACUGUUUGAGAGCACCCCCGCGCCCCCUUCCCAAGUGUUUCUGAUGUUACGUUAUAAUAUUUCACUUUUUUUAAAUGUUGCCGUUGAGGAUGCAGAAAUGGUGGCAUGCCUCUGCAGAAUAGAGUCAGGUCAGCGUGUGAUUAAUUAUGUGCAAGUUACUGAAUCCAGACGGGGCGAAACAUCACCGUGUUUAACUCUGGUUUUUAUGUCCCGUUGCAUUACUCUUUCAUGCAACAAACUCCUCGCGUUCUGUACUGUAAGUUGUUAGUUGCAACCAUGAAUUUCUUUUUCUUCAUUGUCAACAGUGAAAUUUCCGUAUCGUUCAAUCCACAGUUUUGUCAGCUGGAGUAGGACUUUCUUGUUGGCUUUGCAUAAAGACGUUUUGCUUCAAACCAUAGUGCCAUCUCUAGUUCUGUAUUGUCCUUGUUUUGGAUGAGAAUAACUCGGUUUUGUGAGAGUCUUUCCAGCCUUUUAAUCAGAGUCCUUUUUAUCAUGAUCAGGCAUUAACAACAGUAACCGUUCAUUAGUUAAUAAAACACCAUUAACAUUGUGUAGGAGCAUACAUGAUGAGAUAAACAUUUUAGAAUUGUCCUAUCACAUUUACCAGUAUUUGAAUUACUUACAAGCAUUUCCCAAAGAUAAAAAGUCACACGUGUCCGUUCUAAAUAACCUCCUGCAAAGUAAACACAUUAGUUUUUGAUAAAUGAUGAAAACAAACUGUCCUUGUGGUGGUCUCUUGCACCCCGCUGUAGCUGGCCGGCUCUCCGUCUGGCUAGUCCACGUCAGAUUGUCUGGUUUUGUGUUAAAAGAUUGUCUCUCUCUAUCCACUGUGUCUUUACUCGUUGCUGUUUUUAAUGUUCUUCUUUUGGUUGGUUGACAUUCUGUCCUCCCUGAUUUGUCCCCCUUGUGUUUUCUGGGAGGGCUCAGACAGUCUGGCUGAUGGACACUUUGCUGUUUGGCUCAUUUAACCAGUCGAUGAGCUGGCCGGCUUGUCCAUCAGCGGUGUCCCCCUUGGCAGAAUAUCUCACGCCCGUCUGUUCAACUGAUGCAAUCAACUUAAACUUGCAAAACGCAGGCUCCGCCGUGACUCCACCCUUUUUGGACGCACUUUCAGUAGUGUCCACCGCGACCGAUCCCUCAGCAUCCCUCAAAGCUAUGUCAUUUGGUUAGGGGUGGACAAGGUCGCCUCCUACACCUCUCUCUGCCUCUUAAACCUCAGGGCCUCUAUAGACUUUCACUGAGAGAGAAAAAACAAAACAGUCAAUGAGAAACUUAACACACAAACUGCUCCUCACCUCCACCUCCUUUUUCUUACUUUCUGCAUCACUGGGUGGUCGUAGAGGGCAGAGAGUGAACUGAAAGUCUCCAAACCCACCGCCAGCGUGUUUACACGUGACUGAGUGUUGCUGUUGGUCUUGAUUGGGGUCCUUUUAAGUUUCUUCUUUGUAGGCUAGAGUCAAAAUUUAAAAAAUCAAAAUGCACCUGUAGGGACUUUCUCCUCGAGAGAAACAAUGCUCACAUUACGUUGCGAUAGAUGUGAAAAUGUUACGUUUUUGCGCCGACGUAAGCUUAAAGUGAAAAUUGGACGUUGUUACUGUGCUCCACCACAUCCAGAGUCUGUUCAUCGACGAGGACAAAAUCAACAUGCAGCUUAGCUACCCAUUUGCAUUUGAAUGAAUAUGACACUGAUUGCUUGUUAUCUGUGUGUGCGCGUGUGUGGAUAUUUACAUUUACUAUUCAUCUAUUGACUACAAUGUCAGGGUUUUCUUGUUCCUGUCUGUGUGGAACAGGUGCAGACUUCUGUCACACCAGUGAUUUUGACCUUUUGGACUUUGUCCAGUCGAGAAAACAUUGUGUGUUUGCACAGUGUUCUAGUGCUGUUUCGCUGAGGCCUGAGCUGGCUGAGGAUUUGACUGAUUUAAAAAAAAAAAAAAAAAAACUAAAAAAAAAAGACGCCCUCUGAGUAUUAAACUUUUGGACACACUGAACAGCAUAAUGUGACGACUAUUACUUGUGUGGCAUCAAGUAAACCAACACAUUUUGAGUUGUGUUUUUAUGGUUGUGAAUCUGUUGCCCUUUUCAACACAACAGAGCAAACCUUUGAUUCAAAUGGAUGGAUUUUAUGCCAAGGAAACCAAGUACAGCCCCACAGCCGGUCACUGUAAAGACUACGGAGCGAUGGCUGCACGUGGUGGAUUUAAAAGCUGUCUGAAUAAACUCUUUAAGAGAUAUACCUUUUUUGGAUUUUAAUGUGAAGCCAAAGGAGGGAAGCAUUUCCUCCUGGCCCCGUGCUUUGGAGGCUCACAGAGACUGGAUUCUGUCGAGGACGGGGAGAGGAAAUCCAAUCCUGAACCGGAUCUUUAAUGGAUUUGAUAUCAAGGCACAACAGGAAGGGGAUAAAUGCCAGAGAUUCUGAACUUCUCUUGAUGUGGUCCCCAUUUUUUUUGCCCAUCCUGAACCAUAUAGAAAAGAAAAUCAUAGUAAGGAAAUGUUGUGUAUCUGCUAAAAUACUAGUUUCAUAUAUUGGGAAUUAUGCUCGUUUGCUUUGUGGCUAAGAUGGGAAGAUCUAUGCCAUUUUAAUACGUUAAAUAUCAAACUACAGCCAGACGCCGGUUAGCUUAGCUUUGCACAAAGACUGGAAAGAGGGGGAAACAGUUAGCCUGGCUCUGUCUUAGCUAUAUAGUUUAAUCUGUACAAAACUCCUCAUUGUUUUACAGGGGUUACGUGUUGAACUGUUUCUUGGCGUCUUCACUGGUUGCCUGCCAAGAAAUAGUCCACCACGUAACCCCCCAUAAAUUGGCGAUUUACACUUUGUUUCUGUACAAAAUCCCAACGAGAUAUAACGUGUUAUUGAGUGAGCUUUAGAGGUGCUGGUAGGCUGGCUUUGGUACCAUAGGACAGACAGAGCCAAGCUAACGGGUUCACUCUGUUUUCAGGCUUUAUGCUAAGCUAACCAGUUGCUGGCUUUAGCUUUGUAUUUAAGUGAACAACUGUAUUUUUUCCCAAAAUGUCAAACUAUCCCUUUUUAAUAUGAAGCUACAACCAUUCACUGGUUAGCUUAGGCUCUUUCCAAAGGUAACAAAAUCCACAUAGCGGCACCUUUAAAGCUCACAAAUGAACAUGCUGCAUCUUGUUUGUUUAAAGAAGGAAAAUGAAAUGUAAAAAGGACAAGUUGUGAUUUCACACCGGAGUUGUGUGCUGGAAAAUGUCUUGGCCAGGAGCAGUGACUUCCUGUAACCUUUGGAUGGAGUCAGGCUAGUUGUUUCCCUUUGUUUCCAGUCUUUGUGCUAAGCUAAGCUAACUGGCUGCAGCUUCACAUUUAACAGACACACAUGGGAGUGGUAUCAAUCUUCUCAUCUAAUUCCUUGCCGGAAAGAAAAUAAGUGUAUUUCCCAAAAUGUCAUUGGCACAGAAACUGGAACAGUGGAAACAGCUAGCCUGGCUCUUUCCAAAGCUAACAAAAUCCACCUAGCGGCACCUUUAAAGCUCAUUAAUGAACACGCUACAUCUUGUUUGUUUAAAAAAGAAAUGUAAAAAAGGACAGGUUGUGGUUUCACUGGGAAAUGUCUUGGCCAGGAGCAGUGACUUCCUGUAAUAUUUGGAUGGAGCCAGGCUAGUUGUUUCCCUUUGUUUCCAGUCUUUGUGCUAAGCUAAGCUAACCGGCUGCAGCUUCACAUUUAACAGACACAACAUGAGUGGUAUCAAUCUUCUCAUCUAACUCUAGGCAAGAAAGCAAAUAAGUGUAUUUCCCAAAAAAGCAAACAGUUGCUUUAACUUUAAUUGCCUCCCAUCAUAAAUUUAGAAAUCAGAAUGAUUGUUUUUGUUAUAGAGUAAAGUCUAGGCGUAGCGUUGCCCUUAUGAUAGCAAUGAUCAGUUUAGAGCUCUUCAAUCUUUAAAUCCUUCUCUUUUUUUUUACUCAAAUGUAUGCCUUGUUUUUAUAAUGAGGGCAGGUGGAGAAAAGCUCAGGAGGCCUUUUGAGUGAAGGGAGCAACCCAACAAUUCUUAUCUCCGAGGGAUGACGAUGAUUCCCAAAGUCAACCUAAGAAACGACACACUAAAACAGGCCGCAGUCGAAGAUGUUCAGAUGUUAUUCCAUACACACUGUUACAUACAAAAGGCCUGUAUGAAAUCAUUUAGUUCAUUUAAUCUGGGUGUGUGAGCAUGUGUGUGCACAAGUGUGUAUUUUUUUUUAAGUGUGGUCACACACACUCGACGGACUGACCUGCGUGUGUCCACAAUGCGUCCACACCUGUUGAUGUUAAUGCUGUCCUCCUUGUUGGGUUUUUUUUUUUCUUUUGAUUUUAUGUCAUUUUUUUUCUCCUCAUCAUUUUGUGUUUUUUUUGUGAGGAUGCAAAUGUCACUCAUAAAGUUUCUAUUGUAAAAAAAAAAAAAAUACAUUGUUGGGUUUGUUUGCAAUAUAGCUUUGAUAUGUGUUGCUAAGCCCACAUGUCAUGGAAAACAGACAACGCAGCAAGUUUGGAGUAGAAUUAGGAGUGAUAUGCAAAUGGAGGCGUACAGUUAUUGUGGUUAAGUUGGAAAAAUCAUUGAAAAUAAAACAGUAUGUCAUUGAA